CACCUCUCCAAGAGUAUGCUUUCUUAUCCUUUCUUUCUUCCACUCGACUGUUUGUUGCCUUCGUCUUUGUAUCUGUUUAGACUGCGGGAACCCUUGGUGGGUCUCCUCUGGUUUCCCUGGUGUUCUUUGUAUGAGUUCUUGAAUCUUGUGAAGAAGAGAGACUGUGUUUGAUCUGCGUUCUUGAGUGGCGGCCACGGCAUAGAGGAGUGGUUGAAGGGAAUCGAUCAUGAGUUACCAGACUGAAACCAGUGAAGCCAGUAGAAAUGAGGGCAAGUACAUAGCAAUGAUCAUCUGCUGGCUUCUGGGAAACGGAUCCCUUUUCGCAUGGAAUAGCAUGUUAACAAUUGAAGAUUACUAUAUUUACCUCUUCCCCAGGUACCACCCCACAAGAGUGCUUACACUUGUUUAUCAACCUUUUGCCCUUGGGACAGUUGCAAUACUAGCAUAUAAUGAAGCAAAGCUCAACACCAGAAAACGCAACCUAAUUGGAUAUACUCUGUUCUUCUUAAGUUCUCUGCUCCUAAUUGUGUUGGAUGUGGCAACAUCUGGAAAAGGUGGGAUUGGAGUCUUUAUUGGUGUAUGUUCUAUCAGUGCAGCAUUUGGAGUUGCUGAUGCUCAUGUUCAGGGGGGAAUGGUUGGUGAUCUGUUCUUGAUGUGCUCAGAAUUCAAUCAGUCCUUCUUGGCUGGCUUGGCCGCAUCUGGGGCACUAACCUCUGCUUUGAGAUUAAUAACAAAGGCUGCUUUUGAGAACAGCCAAGAUGGUCUUCGCAAGGGAGCAAUGAUGUUCUUCGCGAUCUCAGGAUUUUUCGAGCUACUCUCUGUGCUACUGUAUGCAUUCAUCUUCCCCAAGGUGCCGAUUGUGAAGUACUACCGUUUAAAAGCAGCUGCAGAAGGAUCUAUGACAGUUUCUGCUGAUCUUGCUGCUGCUGGCAUCCAAAAGCAACGUCAUCAAGGAGCUGAAGAGGACCCCAAACUCUCCGAGCGUUUGACAAACAAACAGUUGUUAUUGCAAAAUAUAGAUUAUGCAAUUGAUGUAUAUCUGAUAUAUGUUUUGACAUUGUCAAUUUUCCCUGGAUUCUUGUCUGAGGAUACUGGGUCCCACAGCUUGGGUUCAUGGUAUGCUCUUGUCUUGAUUGCUAUGUAUAACGUGUGGGACCUCAUAGGGAGAUAUCUACCUCUUUUAAAAUGGCUCAAGUUGACGUCACGGAAAGGUCUCAUGGUCGCAAUUCUUUCACGAUUCUUAUUCAUUCCAGCAUUCUACUUCACAGCAAAGUAUGGAGACCAAGGAUGGAUGAUUAUGUUGACAUCAUUUUUAGGACUCAGCAAUGGUUACCUUACUGUCUGUGUACUUACUGCAGCCCCCAAAGGAUACAAGGCGCACUGACGGGGAAGACGUGGUUCUGUAUUGGGUCGUCGUAUCUCUAAGAGAUCUAUGUCAGCAGACCCGUGCGUGGCAUAAACUUUUCUGGGACAACGCAUCAACGUGUUUCGAUCUACAGGCCAUCUUCUAUCUCUUUCUUCAUUUUAUUAUUAUAUUGUCAAGUUAAUUAUUUGCUAGUUUAUUCUUCUUAUUUACUGUUUUUGAAUAUUAUAAAUAUUUAAUUAUUGAUUUAUCAAUGAUAUUUAUGCAUCUAGACUAACAAUCCAGGAAAAUUUAUGUACUGGUAGCACGAGAUUUUAAAUUGUAACAUUUAUUAUAUAUUUUGCUACAUAAUUGUAAAUUGUUAUAUUUUAGUUGUUACACAUUUAUGCUAGCUUUACUUUAGUACUUAAUUUUCAAAGCAAAAUAUUAGAUUGCUUAACCUCCAAGAGGUUUAUUAAUACCUCCAUUUGGACUCCUCAUGGAGUAAUUUCUAGAUUUCAUUCAAAUGAAAAUUCGGAAAUUGGUUAAUUCAUAGGAGCUAGCUUAAUAUUGCACUUAGGAUGAAAUUGAACGAUAUCUAGUGAUAUUAUCUAUUGAAUAACGGUGUCUAAGAAAAGCUUGUCAAAAAGGCAUACGUGCCUAAGAAAGGCUGGUACUUAAGUGAGCCAAGUGCUCCACCACCGUUCUGGAGCUAAUCUGGUUGUUAUUCUUUAGAUUUUUCAACCAGACAUCUAAAGUUUAAAUUAGAUAUCGGUGCAAUAAUUUGAAAUAAACCUUUUCAUUUUCAUGUGUCAAAACUUUGUUAAGCUACAAAUCAAUCUCUUUCUAUCAAUGGCUUCCCACACAUCUGAAAACCUUAGUGCUAAACCUAAAAAGUUUAAUAGUCAAAACUUUAGGAGGUGGCGGAAUCAAAUGCGGUUCUGGCUCACCACCCUAGGCUUGAUUUCAGCCAUUGGUGAGAGCAUUACUAAAGUCAGUCAUGGGUCUAACCCAUUUGCUUACCUUCCUCAUUUGAUUUUCAGCAUGUGCCCUGCAUGAGAGAAGUUUGAGUUUGAAUUUCUUCCCCAUGUGGCUGAUUAGGAAGUAGUUUCAAUUAUCCCGCAAACAAGCCAUGUAUGGCACAUAAGUCUUAGGUCUAUACAAGAGUGUCAUAGGCAUUUUGUGAGAAAAUAUCUUCGAUCAUUAUAUUUGCUUUUUAAUGUACUUGAAUUUAAUCCCAAAAUCAGAACUUAAGAAUAAUGACAAAUGUGAGAUAUGUGUAGAGGCCAAAUUACCUAAGAGAUCCUUCUACUCUGUAAGUAGAGAUUCUGAUCUUCUUAAACUCAUACAUAGUGAUAUAUGUGACUCAAGAAGAACCUCAAGGGGUAGAAACAAAUAUUUUAUAACUUUCAUAGAUGACCUUUCUAGAUAUCGUUACCUUUAUCUUAUCAAAACUAAAAAUGAGGUCUUAAAUAAAUUCAAAGUCUAUAAAGCAGAAGCUGAAAACCAACUAGAUAAAAAGAUUAAAAUCUUAAGGUCUGAUAAAGGAGGUGAAUAUACCUCAUUUGAGCUUACCCAGUUCUGUGAAGAACAUGGGAUAAUUCAUGAAGUGACAGCUCCUUAUUCACCCCAAUCUAAUGGAGUAGCUGAGAGAAAGAAUAGAACCUUAAUGGAUAUAGUUAACUCUAUGUUAAUUAGUUCAGGUGCACCAGAAAAUCUUUGGGGGGAAGCACUAGUAACUGCAUCUUAUAUCUUGAAUAGAAUUCCAUUCAAACAUAAUGAUAAAACUCCACAUGAAAUUUGGAAAUAUAAAAAACCUAACUUAAAAUACCUAAAAGUGUGGGGGUGCUUAGCUAAAGUAAAAAUUU